CUCUCCUAUACUGAGCUUCAUCUUAAUAAACGAUCAUACAGAAAUGUCAGCACGGACAAAAAAAUCAAGUGGAGCCCUUACCCAGGGCUACCACUCAGUCUCCCCAAGGACAUCCGUGUGCCAAUCUUGCGCAGUCUAGUUAGGCUCCCGGCCUCGUUCAAUCCUAUUGCGCACCGACUUCUUCGCCAAAGAGUGUUUCAGACCCCACGUAAGCAAUUAGUUGGAUGCCUCACAACAAUGAUACAAAACUCGGGUAAUGCUCAUAUCAUUGAAUGGGAUGUCAAGCAAUCGUUCGGAAUUCUAUCAUUAUGCGUUUCUCAAAGGCUUUGAUCGCAGCCUUUGCGAUUUUCACUAGGUCUGCAAUUGCUGCAUCGCCGUCUAAGAUUGGCGAUGCCGUGGUUUUUGGCGAAGGCGGAACCUACCCACGAGCGACUAAACUUGCAGAUGGCUCACUGGUCGGGGCUUACACCAAUACACAAGGCGACAAUACUACCAUUCGUACGGUUCGCUCAGAGGACAAUGGGGCUUCCUGGCAACUACAAGGCACCGUAGACACCGGUCCGAAGGCAACACAGGACGUCGACAACCCUUAUGUACAUGAGCUACCAGAUGGCAAAUUGCUUUGCGCCUUCAGAAACCACGACAGGGCGUCACCCACAACUUUCAGCUACUACCGAAUCACCAUUUGUGUCUCCGGGGAUGGAGGCGCGACCUGGGAGUACCUAUCGACUCCUGCAUCAGACCCCGCAGGUGUGACAGGCAACUGGGAGCCCUUCCUUCAGCAAGCCCUCGAUGGUACUCUACAACUCUACUACUCCCGCGAAAACAGUCGUGGCGAUCAAGAUAGUCUUCUCCGCCGAUCAUCAGAUGGAGGCAAGACAUGGACCUCUGCACAAGUCAUCUCUGGAACUGGCAUCGAGACACGGGAUGGAAUGAUAGGCGUUGCACGCACUUAUGUCGGGUCUGAGACCAAGAUUGCUAUCUUUGAAAGUGGCAACCCAGGAGUUGGACGACCGUUCGGUAUAUGGACAGUGCGGACGGAUAACGAUGGCGUUACCUGGAGCACCGAAAGAACAGUUGUGUACCAGCCAGAUGGUUUCAAUGCUGGCGCUCCUCAAAUCAUUCAAGUUGGUGACAAGCUAGUUGCAAGCUUUGGGACGAAUGAAGAUGGCGGACUGUGGCCUGGAGGGGCAAUCAAAAUCAUGAUUAGCAGCGAUCAAGGAAGGACUUGGACCAACAAGACAACUGUACGCGAGCCUACAGCGUACUGGGCAGGACUAUUGGCUUUGGAUGGAGAGACUUUUCUUGUGCUGUACGAAUUUGAAGGGACAAGUUACGCUCAAAGGAUGACGAUCUAGGAAGACGGUACUGCUUCACUUUAGUGAAUGACAAUUCUCAAACGAUGUACUGCUUUACUAUCUCUGAAAGCAAGGGUAACUGGAAGGAUCUGGUAAACUAGCUCGGAAAGGUCCGAAUUAUUGCCUGCGAACCAUCUUCACCACGACCCUGACGCGACUUUUUGACGCGAUUUGUAUAAAUAUACUUCAGUCCUCA